UAUGUUGGAUUGAGUUUGAGUUUCACACCUUGUGUUUACAGUUAUUUCUUUUUCUAUAUAUAUUUUACUCAUGCAGAGGUCAAGAGCCUCGGCCUUCAAUUUGGUGUAUCCAUAUCUUUUACUUUUAGCUAACAAAACCCUUCAAACGUCUUCAUUUGCAGCAGCCCCUCCAGUUUCAAAGACGUCUUGUCUUGGAGAUAGAUUUUCAUUCCUGGUCAGAAACAGGACGAUUUCAACAAGUUCCAUAUCAAUAGAGAAACAAGUCCUAUGUCAACAAAGAGUUCAACAAGUCGAGCUACUAAGUUCUGUAAAUGAUUUAUAUGGAGGAGUUGUAGUGAACAUUGAUAAGCCAAUGGAUUCUGAGGCCUUUUCUCCUUUGCUUAGAGCUUCAAUGUCACACUGGAGGCAACAGCGGAACAGAGCUGUAUGGAUCAAAUUGCCCAUCGAACAUGUAAAUCUUGUUGAAGCUGCAGUUAAGGAAGGAUUUCGGUAUCACCAUGCCGAACCAGAUUAUUUAAUGCUUGUAUGUUGGCUUCCUAAAACUGCGAAUACUAUUCCUGCAAAUGCUUCACAUCGAGUGGGUGUUGGUGCUUUUGUUAUGAAUAGUAAGAGAGAGGUGCUUGUAGUUCAGGAGAAUAGUGGAUAUUUCAAAGGAACAGGCGUGUGGAAGCUUCCUACUGGGGUUGUUGAUGAAGGUGAGGAUAUUUGUACAGCUGCAGUUAGGGAAGUCAAAGAAGAGACAGGAAUUGACACGGAGUUUGUAGAAGUUUUAGCAUUCAGGCAAAGCCACAAGUCAUUCUUUGGCAAAUCAGAUUUGCUCUUUAUUUGCAUGUUAAAACCGUGUACCUUCCACAUUGAGAAGCAAAAUUUAGAGAUUGAAGCAGCACAGUGGAUGCCAAUUGAGGACUAUGCGGCCCAACCUUUUAACCAAAAACAAGAGCUCUUCAAUUAUGUUGCCAAAAUAUGCUUAUCAAAGUCAGAAAAGAACUAUGCUGGUUUCUCUCCAUUGGCUACAGCUACAGACUCUGGCGAAACAAGCUACCUCUACUUCAAUAGUCAAGAUAUGAAACACCUUGUCACUUCAUAAUCAAAUGUAAAAAGUCAUAUUUGAUGUGCACAAUACCAUGAUAGAAACCCUUGAAGGUUUAGUCAUACUGUAUAGAAUGUCAUACUUAGUGUACAAUUCUUAAUUGUGUAAUACCUAAAAUGUGGAUUUCUUUACAACAAAAUGAGUCAAUAAAGAUAUAAUUUGUUUUUAUUUUUA